UUUAACGUGAUCUUUCCCUUAUCAAAAGUCAGGAAAUCCGAAACCCUCCUUCCACAGCUUCCGCUCCUCUUCCUCCUCUGCGUUCCCAUCCUGUCCUUGGUACACCAAACACUCACUCAUCACUUCCCCUCCAUAUUCAAUAGCAUCACACUCUCAUGCCACAAAAUAACAGUAUGUCCAGAAAGGGAACAGCAGCUGCUUCUCUUCAAAAGGACGCCCCAUGGAGGGCGGCACCCUCUGCAAAGCCUAUACCCAAAAUUCACCUGUCCCCUUCGCUCCGUCUUCCCCAAACUCCCACUUCCAGUUACGCCCUCCACGUCAUGAAGCAUCAGAAUCCGAUAGGAAGUGGGAUGGCAAUGGAAGCAAUAGUGGAAGUGGCAGGGCCAGAAUGCAUUGUCCCAGGACAGAUUACACCCAUCAAAUUACUCGGUGUCAAGGUAUGGCCUAUAAAUGUUAACAUAAAAUUUUUAGAACCAGUUGGACGAGAACUCAAGUCACUUGGAAAGUUCAUGGAUGAUGCUGUCAACCUCAUGAACAAAUCAUUUAUAGAUCGCUAGUAGCAUUUGAUUCAAACCACUGUUAGCUGCAAUUUUUCGCUUGAAUGUUUUUUGUACUAAUUGUUGCAAUGGCCAGGUAGUGUGACUGUAAAAUAAGAUCACAAAUAAUUUGUAUGUCAGAAGCAUUCUCCAAUGUUUUUCUUGGCUAUAUAACUUGCAGGAUUUUUUUUCCUUGGUC